CUCAGUCUCCGCUGCUUAGCCGCUCCUCAGUGUAGGCUUUUGUUUCUUCCCCCCCUCCCCCUUCAUCGCCCAUCCCAAAAAAAAAAAGAAAAAAAAAAAAAGGAAAAACAAUUCACCCUCCUUAUUUGCGCGCAUGGCGGGAUUUCAAGGGGCUUGGUUCCCAGCAGCUCCAUGGCUUUUAACCACUCUGCUGGGCUCAACUGUGUUCACCACCCAGAGCCACAAUCUCCUGAGGGACCAGAAUGGAUGAGGAGCAGCAAGAGAGGGCAGGGUCCACUCAGCUGAUUCCAGCAACCUCUCUGAGGAAGAGAGUUCUGUAAUUGAAGGUGUAUCUUCUACAUUUGAGGAAUGACAAGUUCUUGAUUGAAUGGUGGAUUAAUAAGUGGUUGUCUCCUCCUAAUACUAAAAAGAAGAUAUCCUGGAAAUUGGAAAGAACUGGAUUUUCACCCUAGUCCAGCAGCUUUGCUGCUCACUUAAACACAGAUGAAUGAAGACCCCAUUUGGAAAAUCACCAGGUCAGAGGUCCAGAGCUGAUGCAGGUCAUGCAGGAGUGUCUGCCAGCAUGAUGAAGAAAAGAACAUCCCACAAAAAACAUAGAAACAAUGUGGGACCAAGCAAACCUAUCUCUCAGCCACGAAGAAAUAUUGUAGGCUGCAGGAUACAGCACGGAUGGAAAGAAGGGAGUGGACCCGUAACACAAUGGAAGGGCACAGUUCUUGAUCAAGUUCCUGUAAAUCCCUCACUCUAUCUCAUAAAGUAUGAUGGAUUUGAUUGUGUGUAUGGACUAGAACUUCACAAAGAUGAAAGAGUUUCAGCACUUGAAGUUCUUCCAGACAGAGUUGCUUCGUCUCGAAUUAGUGAUGCCCACCUGGCAGACACAAUGAUUGGUAAAGCUGUGGAACAUAUGUUUGAGACAGAGGAUGGCUCAAAAGAUGAAUGGAGGGGGAUGGUUUUGGCUCGAGCUCCUAUUAUGAACACAUGGUUUUAUAUUACCUAUGAGAAAGAUCCUGUCUUGUACAUGUACCAGCUCUUAGAUGAUUAUAAAGAAGGUGACCUUCGCAUUAUGCCUGAUUCAAAUGAUUCACCUCCUGCAGAACGGGAACCAGGUGAAGUUGUGGACAGCCUGGUAGGCAAACAAGUGGAAUAUGCCAAAGAAGAUGGCUCGAAAAGGACUGGCAUGGUCAUUCAUCAAGUUGAAGCCAAACCAUCUGUCUAUUUCAUCAAGUUUGAUGAUGAUUUCCAUAUUUAUGUCUACGAUUUGGUGAAGACAUCUUAGACAUCAUCAUGAACUUUUGCCAAAUUUGUGGAACUAUUAAAUGUAAAAUUUGUAGACACAAAGACUUGACUGCUUUCCAGUUUAACGAAAGCUUAAAUGUCCCUGCGAACCCACAAUCUCUGCCAGCAAAACUUUGUUCUGAGUAAUACAAACAUGACACAUUUUGUGUAAGAGAACUCCUUUUCUUGAAGGAAGUCAAUAUGUUUGGGCAGGAGGGAGUUAAAAGCAAAGAACAGCUGCAAAUUCAAGCUGUGUAAAGUUGAUCUAGUAUUGUAAUCAUUAAUCUAAAUUUUUUCAUAGAUUUUGACUUUUUCUUCAGUCUUGCACUCACUUGUUCAACUGCCACAUGCAAGUGUAGUUUGAUAUUUUGAUAUGCCUUCUUUUGUAACAUUAAAUUUAAUUUCUUGGA